AAUACGCUCACUUUCGUACGCCGUUUCGGUGGGUAAGGUUGGAUUGAAACCUCUCAGAAGAUAACUUGUUUUCCCAACAAGUCUGUUGAGUAAAGAGCUAUUUUUGACAAAAGGAAACUAUUGCAUACCGAGCAGCCAGUGUUGUUUAAAAAUAGUGUUUUAGUGAGUAGGCGCCAUUUGCGAAAAUAGUAUUUAACGUAAAGCCAGACAAGGCGUAUUAAUAGCUGCAGGACAGUGUACUGAAUGAAAAACUGUGCCAGACUUUACAACCAACGGAAAAGUAGUGUAGUAGCGUAGUUUUGUAGUAAGCUUGUAGUGUCUCGUCAAACGUGCAGAACCCCUACAUUAGAAACGUGAAGCCAUAAAACAAAACAGACCUGCUCGACCUGGUUGCGUUCGUUCAACUGUGUUGGAUUGUUCCAAUAAGUUCCUAAAACGUCGAUAAACUGCUUCACUUUGGCUCACCUUCGGUAGCACGUAACUGCCUCAAAACGUUCUCCCUCAGGAUGGACAUCUACUACAUGAGCGACAGUAUCCAGUAUGGGUCCUUCCGUAACCCACUGUACCGAGACUACGAAAAGUUCCCGUACGGUACACUGGAGAACCCGCUCAAUAGUCCCCCCAAGAGUGGUAGUCAACAACUUCAAAAGCAGCAGCAACAACAUCGCGAUGGCUACAAUAUGGCUCAAGUUAAAUCAAAGUCCAAAUCAGCCAAAGACUCGUGCCCGUUCUGCAAGGAACAGAAGAAGCGGCCUCUCGGGGCGUACCUCCGCAAACGGGGCCAGCGCAUCACUAGCGAGAGCAUCUCCGAGGAUGUCGAGGAGUGCUUGGAGGAAGAGGAGGAGGAACAGGAAAUGCCUUCGACCCCAACCGUCGGAAGUCCGACCAAGAACGAACUUGCGGCGCACAAUCAUCACCACCAGCAUGAGCGAUCUCACCAAAUCGUCGGUGGAAGGUACUCUCGCCAGGAAUCAAAUGAAAGUGAUGGCAAAUAAGAGAUUUUACUGUAUUUGUAUUCUGUAGUCUGUACGGCUCAGUGGUUUUCUAAAUUCAGUUUUAUUCGCAUCUAUGUACAUUCUAGUUAUAUGAUAAUGAACUAAACGUAAGCUAAACCCUGUUCAAAAGAUAUUGGAAUCAUGUUCGGAAUUCAAAAGCCCUCUCACACACUAUUUUCCCGUAGUGAAUGGUUUUCCUGAACAAAAGUCAUUGGAACAAGAAGUCCGUUUCAGUGAAAAAGAAUGCUAGAGGUAAAACAAAUCACAUUAAAUGAAAAAAAUCGGAGAAAAUGAGGAAAAGACUGACCUUCAAAGAUAGGAAAUGGAGUAUCUAGCAAAUAGAAGGGAAAAUGUUACAAUCAUAAGUGCAAUCAUAUAAAGGCUACUACUACUAGAACACUGCAGAAAAGUGGCAUUUGUCUCACCUUCCAAUGGAAUGUCGUUCUCCAUCUCACGCUAUUAGAUUCAAAAAACAGAAGUCAUUCUUUUUCUCGUUGUUUAAUCAUAAUAGUAGUGUGAUAGGCAAGCAAACGAUUUACAGUUAUUAGAGGUAGGCUUAGCUAUUUAAUAUGUUAACGUAACUAUUCUAUACACAUAAUACUAUUGUAUUUCAGUUAAAGGUAAGAAAAACUUUUCAAUUUACUGUUUUUGGAUGCAUAUACUUAUUGUUGAAUAAAUGUGCAGCUUAAUAAUUGAA